AUCAGCUGUGUCCAAUCACAGCUGAUCACAUGGCACUGAUGAUCAGUGUGUCCUGAUGAUCAGUGUGGCCCCAGAAGUGCAACCUGUCAGUGUUCAUCAGUGCCAGUGCUGAACAGUGCCACGUGCCAGUGUCACAUCAAUGCCACAUAUCAGUGCCUACCAGUGCACAUCAAUGCCACAUACCAGUGCCCAUCUGAGCUGCCUUUCAGUUUCACCCAUCAGUGCCAGUCAGUGCCACCUAUCAGUGCCAAUCAGUGCCACCUAUCACUGCUGCCUAUCAGUGCCACCUGUCAGUGCCGCCUAUCAGUGCCAGUCAGUGCCGCCUAUCAGUGUGCAUCAGUACCGCCUAGCAGUGCCUGUCAGUGUCCUAUCA